AUGCGAGGAUGCCUGCAGUUAGCCAGAUGGCUGUGCGCAGCGCCGAAACGCCCAGCUGCAAGCCUUCUCAAGCCGUCAUUCCGAGCUGCUAAUGCGGUCCGAUUUUUUGCGAAUUCUGCCGUAUGGAAAGCAUCCAAGUCACACGCGAGGAAGCCGGUGUCUGAAGUCGAAGACAGAAUCGCGGCAAUUCCAAUCGAACGAUAUCGCAAUUUUUGCAUUGUUGCCCAUGUCGACCAUGGCAAAAGCACGCUCUCCGACCGUCUCCUGGAACUCACCGGUACCAUCCAGCCCGGAACGAACAAGCAGGUUUUGGAUAAACUCGAUGUCGAAAGGGAACGAGGUAUUACUGUGAAGGCGCAGACGUGUACUAUGAUUUACAACCACAAUGGCGAAGACUACUUGCUACAUUUGGUCGAUACUCCGGGACAUGUGGACUUCCGCGCGGAGGUGUCGCGCAGUUAUGCUAGUUGUGGAGGAGCAUUGCUUUUGGUUGAUGCAAGCCAAGGAAUUCAGGCCCAGACGGUUGCUAAUUUCUACCUUGCCUUUGCACAAGGUCUGGAGUUGAUACCUGUCAUUAACAAGGUUGAUCUGCCGUCGGCGGAGCCAGAUAGGGCUCUCAAACAGCUUGAGGAUUCCUUUGAGCUCGAUACCGAAAAUGCCGUUAUGGUCUCGGCGAAGACUGGUCUCAACGUACAGCAACUGCUUCCUACGGUGGUUGAGAAGAUCCCAGCGCCCGUUGGUUAUCUCGAAAAGCCUCUCCGAAUGCUCCUUGUCGAUUCAUGGUACGAUUCAUACAAAGGUGUUAUUUGCUUGGUCCGUAUCUUUGAUGGUGAAAUCCGAGCAGGCCACCAUGUGGUGUCGUUCGUAACCGGCAUCAAAUACUACGUUGGAGAAGUCGGCAUCAUGUACCCGACAGAAACCGCGCAAUCUGUUCUUCGUGCUGGUCAGGUCGGAUAUAUCUAUUUCAAUCCGGGCAUGAAACGAAGCAAGGAAGCCAAGAUCGGGGACACCUUUACUAGAGUUGGUUCGGAGAAGCUCGUGGAGCCGCUCCCAGGUUUUGAAGAGCCAAAGUCAAUGGUUUUUGUGGCAGCAUACCCCGUGGAUGCUGAUCAUUUCGAGCACCUUGAGGACAGUAUCAACCAGCUCAUGCUUAAUGAUCGAAGUAUUACUGUGCAGAAAGAGUCGUCAGAGGCUCUUGGUGCGGGCUUCCGGCUGGGUUUCUUGGGAACAUUGCAUUGCUCAGUCUUUGAGGAUCGCCUGCGUCAGGAGCACGGUGCUAGUAUCAUCAUCACACCGCCCUCGGUUCCUGUGAAUGUUGUCUGGAAGGAUGGCAGAGAGGAAAUCGUCACUAAUCCUGCCCGCUUCCCCAAUGAGGAUGAUCUCCGCUCCAAGGUUCAAGAAGUACAAGAACCAUACGUUCUUGCAACCCUGACUUUCCCCGAAGAGUAUCUCGGAAAGGCCAUCGAACUAUGUGAGGCAAAUCGGGGUGAGCAGCAGAGCCUUGAGUAUUUCACAGCGACUCAGGUCAUUCUCAAAUACCAGUUGCCUCUAGCGCAUCUCGUCGAUGACUUUUUCGGGAAGCUGAAAGGAUCCACUAAGGGCUAUGCCACUCUGGAUUACGAGGAGGCUCCUUGGAGAGCCGGCCACAUUGUCAAGAUGCAGCUCCUGGUCAACAAGGCGCCAGUGGAUGCGGUUUCAAGAAUCCUGCAUUCGAGCCAGGUAGACAGGCUUGGAAGAAAAUGGGUGAGCAAAUUCAAGGAGCAUGUUGACCGACAGCUCUUCGAGGUUAUCAUCCAGGCAGCUGUUGGUCGCAAGGUUGUGGCAAGAGAAACGAUCAAGCCAUACCGAAAGGAUGUCCUAGCCAAACUACACGCUAGUGAUGUUAGCCGACGCAGAAAGCUUUUGGAGAAACAGAAAGAAGGACGGAAGAAGCUCAAGGCUGUUGGAAAUGUGGUGAUUGAACAUAAGGCGUUCCAGGCUUUCCUAGCCAAAUAG